AUGACCCAGUUCACCUCUACAAAGAGUGAGAAUCAUGAAAGACACGGAUUGUUUAUCCUGCAUCCUAACUCGGAGGAACCCCACGACAAUAGCAAAUACCUCGUUGAUAUUGUCGCAAUCCACGGUCUUGGUGGCCACCCAUUGAAAACAUGGACCGAAAAGGAAGACCGGCAUCUGUGGCUACGGGACUCUCUACCACUUCAUGUUCCCGAAGCGCGAAUCAUGAGUUUCGGAUACGAUUCAGUCGUACUAUUCGGGAAGUCUCGUUCCCAGAUCUGCGAUUACGCUCUUGAUCUGGCUAACCGCCUGGAGAUAUUUCGCCAAAGCCCACAAGAACGUUGUCGACCUUUACUCUUCAUCUGCCAUAGCCUCGGGGGCGUCGUGUUCAAGGAGUUCCUCGUCCAGGUAACACUGAAUAAGGAUCUUGAGCAUCUGGCUCAAAGUGUUGCCGGCGUCAUAUUUCUUGGCUGCCCUCACAGAGGCUCUCGAGUCGCAUCCCAUGCACGUCUGCUAUCAAAAUUGAUCAACAACGCGACACUUGGGACUGGUGCGAGAUCCGACCUUUUAAAGACGCUCCAAGUAUCUUCCGCCGAGCUUGAAGCAGUUUCUCAGCACGCAAGAUAUCCGUUAAAGUCUAUCGUCAUCGUGUCAUUUUACGAGCAGCAGCCGACGGGACGAAAACCAUUCUCAGCAAUCCUGGGCCUCCCUAACGAGCGUGCUGUCCCUGUCAAUGCCAAUCAUCGUGGGCUCGCCCAUGUUUCACCAAAAAAGCCUCAACAAUACCUUCCAAUAUGGUCGUCCAUAAAGCAGCUUGCAGAAGGCCAUCCCAAGUAUGUGAAAUGGCUGGAGUCGACUCAAACGCCAUUACUUCUACUCACUGGUCUCGCGGGAUCCGGAAAGAGUGUCCUCACACGUUGCGUGGCAGAGCAUAUCCAAUCUUGCGGAUCGAACAGAGACUUAGAAUCCGGUUACCAAGUCGUCAGUCACUUUUGCUCAUACAUGGAUGCUGUCUUCAAUAGUGAGGACACUAUACUCCGUACUCUACUGCACCAGCUCAUUCAACUCAAUCCACGUUGCGGUAUUCUUGUGCGUAACCGAGUAGAAAGCUGCAAAACGGGGGGGAAAGUCUUUGACCUGACCACCAAAAAGAUGUGGGAAGCUUUACAGCAGGUUCUUUCCAUGCAAACCAUGAGCAGGGUCAUUAUCGUCAUUGAUGCUAUCGAAGAGCUUGGUCCCGCUGUUGCUACUGCUGUCCUCGUUGGCCUAUCUGAAAUUGCAAAUGACCUCCAGAGACAAAAUAUACCCCUCAAAGCCUUCAUUUCAAGUCGUCCAAGUACUGGUUUAACAAGUAGUGAGCUCAAAGGUCUUGAAAUACUGCAUCUCGGAGACGUUGAUAUGAAGAGCGACAUUAAGAAAUAUCUCCAAAGCUCUGUUGACGAUUUAAAAACCGAGAACGAAAGUUUCAACGCCUCUGUCACACCGACUCUUGAGCAGAAAAUUGUUCUUUCCAUUUCAGGUGCUGCAGCUGGCAUGUUCCUCGUGGCUGUUCUCGCAUGGGAAGACUUCCAACGAGGCAUAUUUUGGAAUGAACACACGAUAGACGAGAAAUUAGACGAAGUCCUCUUGAGUGGUACCAGCAUGGUAACGUUCUACGACAAGAUGAUUGAAAAGAUUGACGAUUCGGUUCUUGAAGACAUAUUCCUGAUGUUUUCUAUCUUAGCCGCAGCGGCGCGACCUAUGUCAGAAGUUGAGAUUGGGACAAUCCUAGGUAUCUGUCGAUCCAGAAAGCCCAUCAAGCGGUCUUCUGAUUUCGAGCCUUUCCGGAAUUUGAACGCAGUGGUAGAAAGAGAGGUUCCGCACCUUGUAUCACAACAGGAUGACGGGACAAUGGCUUUUGUUCAUUUGUCAUUCAAAGACUACCUCGAAAGCCAGAACCAUUUCAAACAAAUCAUUGAGACGGGACGUCAAAGUAUCACCAAGGCUUGCCUCAUGUAUCUCAAGUUGGCGGAUCUAUUGGAAAGUGCUUCAACUGAAUCAGAACACGAUGGGGACAAAAGCAUUUACUCUUUGAGCUCUCUAUGGCCGGAAGGGAAAUAUUAUGGAACGACACCUUUAAGAUAUGUCCUCAGCAAUAUGCCCGAGCCUUCUGCGCUCUCUCUUACACGCAUGUUCCAAGACCAUGGCUAUGACAUGGACGAGAACUGGUCAUCAUGCCCUGGGAGAGCACUCCAAUACUGUUGUAUGAUUGCGAACACUGAAUUCGGAAGAAAGGCAGCUUCUCUACUUCUUGAACUUGAAGCAAACCCAAACCUUCCCAGAAACCAUUUCCGAUCGAAUCUUGCAAUUGCCCUCACGGCAAAAGCAUGGGACUUGUAUGACGAGCUACUAUCUCACCCAAUGACUGACUUGAGUGCGAGAAAUGAGCAGGGCGGUACGUUAUUGCAUGAUCAAGUCAGAGGUGGCCCUACCCAGCGCGUUGCCGAGAUGUUGGACUUGAUUACUGAAACGGAUCUCAAUGCCCAAGACCGCGAUGGAUACACUCCCCUUCACCUGGCAACCUCUCUUGGUAGGGAAGACGUCGUUCGUAUGCUGCUCAGCAAGCCAGGUAUUCGGCUCGACUUGGCCGACAGGAUAGGCAGAACACCACUGACUUUGGCUACUUACUGGGGGCUAAAGUCAAUGGCUUUGGUACUCAUCGAACACUCAGAGGCAUUUCCAAUCGCUAGAGGAGGACAUCUUAGCGCACUGGUUCUCGCAGCGAAGCAUGGCGAUAAGGAUAUAUGUGAGCGUUUGAUGGCGACUUGUGGUUACCGGAACCUGUGCUUCCAUCUCGACAUGUCAGGCAAGGGAGUGUUGCAUCAUGCCGCUAUGAACGAUUGGGACGACAUGAUAGACACCUGUUUGCAUCAUGGUGGCCAGACGCUGAACAUAGACCAGAUAGACCACUCCGGUCGUAGCGCGUUGCACUACGCUUCCCAGCUUGGCAACUUCUACAGCUGCCAGGCUCUUAUUCAGGGUGGCGCCAGUCUCACACUGCAGGACCGUCUGGGUAGGACAGCCGUCCAGGCCGCUGCUGAUGCUGGUUUCAAAGAAUGUCUCAUCCUGCUUCUAGAAAGCGGUCGUGUUGAUCCGACACAGAGAGAUAUCGAAGGGCGCAGUUUGGUCCACUGGAUAGCCACUUUGGACUGUGUUGAUGCGAUGGAGAUGGUAUCAGAGAUGCCCGGCGCAAAGCUGGACCAGCGAGACCGUCAUGGUAAAACACCCAUUGACAUUGCUUUUAUCUGCAAGAGCAAAUACGUCGGCAUGUUCCUCGCUGAGAAAGUGCCACAUACCAAUAUUUACUCUUGGGAACAGAUGUACGACACGCCAUAUGUUGAGUAUGGGGCCGAGGAUUGCAGGGUUCACACAUCCUACGAAGCAGAUUUGCUGGAAAGAAAUGCGAGACGUCAAAGGAUAGCGAAUGAAGAAAAUCUGCAAGUCCAAAUACAGUACCCAUAUCACCUUUGGGCACUGGUUCCAUAUAAUCGUGAGGAGGUUGAGACCAAGAAAGAGGAUCCUGAGAAGUCUAGUAAAAAGAAAGCUUCGAAGGACAAGACCUCGAAAGGAAAGACUAGCAAGGAGAAGUCGUCAAAAGAUAAAGCUUCAAAGGAGAAAGGUUCGAAGGACAAAUCUUCCAAGAAGAAAUCAUCGAAAUCUGUGAAGAAAUGA